UGUUCAUAUUAUACUUUUUAGACUUCUUAUGUAGGGCACUACUACACGUGCCUUUGGUACACCACUUAUGGAUGAAAAGAGUAUUAAGUCCAAAACAAACAUAUAUGAAGCCAGUUGUCAUAGUUCACAAAAAAAGAAAUCUAGUGUGGCUAUCAUACAAUUGCCUCAGGAGGGACCUUUUAUGGCGGUAGCAGAUAAAAUGGAACAGUCAGGACAAGAUGAAAGAACAAACAUUACUAAUGAUAUAGAUCAUGUUGAAAACACGGAAUCGAUCACAAUCACACAAAAAGAUAUCAAUCAAACAAAUGACGCCAAAGCGGUAUGCAACAUUGCGGAGGUACUACCCGAUAAUUCUUCGAAUCACUCGUAUGAAAUUACAUCAAAAGAAACAGAUCCAGGACCAUCAAAAGAAGCUGUAUUUCAUGUUUUCAUGCAUAAAGUGCCAUUGAAACGAAAACGUGCAAUUAAGAAACGUAAAACCUCUGAACUCAGUAAGGCGGGUUCUCCCGUUCCUCUUAGGAAUUAUAUAACAUAUAAUCCAACACAGAUCAAUAAUGAUGGAGAUAAACAAAGUCUCAUCAAGCAUCUGAAGAGUGCGACAGAAUUGUUGAAGAAGCGUAGAAGGGCGACAUGCGAUUUUGCCAAUAAAGCAUUCGAAGAUUUACGACUUUCUAUUGAAACUCGAUUUCACCUAUUGCUAAGCCAACGACAAGAGAGGUGGAAUCAUCUGAACAAUAUAUACAAACAAAAGUUGAAUGAUAUUAGCAAGGGAAUAGAGUGUGACUUCAGGAUUCCAAGCAUUCAUGAAGUGGCUCAUCAAGAUUCCAACGACGUAAAUUAUAUAUUGCAACAAAAUUCGGAAAGCGGAUAGUGAUCGAUGCAGGUGGGAAUAUGGGAUGUUAACAUCUGUACGA